AUAGUGGUGAAAGAAAGCGAGAAGUAGUCGUGUGGUGUUAAUGAUGUGUUAGGUUAAAUGUGACGAGGAAGUAUUAAGAAAGCAAGAUAUGGUAUAAGUGUGGACAGGGGCAAAUGCUUUGUGUAUUUCUCUGAGCAGUGAUCCUCCUGUUUUGACUGAAUAAGGGGUUUGGUCAAGAAAACAAAACAAGAUCAGCACAGAACGUGAGAGACCAUGGACGGAGAGAAAAUGACUGAAGUGGAGAUGAAAGAGCUCAUUCCAGCAGAAGUACCAGACAAUAAGGAUGCAGAGAAAGGCAACAUGGAAGGAACAAAAGAACCUGAGAAAAAGGGAGAAAAAGAAGAAAAAAAAGUAGAAGAAAUGAAAGAAGAAAAAAAAGAAGAAGAAAAAAAAGUAGAAGAAAAAAAAGAAGAAAAAAAAGAAGAAGAAAAAAAAGCAAAAGAAAUAAAAGAAGAAGAAACUAAUGUGUACUGCAAACUGAAGAUUCCAACAGAGGAUAUUUAUAAUGUUUCAACGUCUACUUCCACUCCCAAAGGCAAUGAAGAAGCUGAGAAAAAGGCAGACAAAAAAGAAAAAGAAAUAAAAGAAGAAGAAGAAGAAACUAAUUUGUACUGCAAACUGAAGAAUCCAACAGAGGAUAUUUAUAAUGCUUCAACGUCUACUUCCACUCCCAAACGCAAUGAAGCUGAGAAAGAGGAAGUGAAAAAAAAAGAAGAAGAGGAAGACGAAGGAGAAGAAACUAGUGUGUACUGCAAACUGAAGGAUCCAUCAGAAAAUAUUUAUAUGACUACGAUGUCCAGUUCCACUCCAAAACACAAUAAAGAUGUUUACCAGAAAGUUCGUCUGUACAAGAGGAUUUCCGCUGUUUUCAUCAUCUUGACUUUGGUCUUACUGGCUGUGGUUCUUGCUCUGGCUAUGAAGUUAAAUGAAGUUCAGUCCAGCCAGAAGUGUGCAGAUCUCGCUGCUGAAGUGCAGACAAUGUCCAAUUACGCCCAAGUGCAGACAAUGCCUAAUUACCCCCUAAACCAAGGGUAUCGGUGCACUGUGUGUGAGAAGGGCUGGUUGAAGUUUGAGAACUCCUGCUACUUCAUAGCUAGGACGCGUCUAACCUGGCAGCAGAGCAGGGAGGACUGUCAGAAACGAGGCGGAGAGCUGGCUAUCAUUGACAAUGAAGGAUUGCAGAAACGUCUAACUGAGAUAAGGAGCGUGCUAUACUGGAUUGGGCUCCAUUAUUCAGAAAAGCAAUGGAUGUGGAUUAACAAUACUGCACCAACCAAGAGCUACUGGGCCCCUGGCCAGCCACAACCAAACUCUCCAGGCUUCUGUGCACUGAUAAAGGCAGAGAGGUCACAAAUGAACAACUGGAUUUCAAACCGCUGUGGGGUGUUGUCACAGUACAUCUGCAAGAGAGAUUAAAAGUGGAGAAUGAUCAACCUUAACCAUCACAUACAUCGGUUACAUUUGCCUUUAAUAUCAUCAUUUUACUCUUUAACAUAACUUUUACAAAUGCAGUUCAUAAAUGGUAAUAAAUACAGAAUCAGUACAUGAAACAAUCCUGUUCUGUGAUGCACAAUCAAGUAGACAUGCUAUGUAUUUUACAAGACUGAGGAAAUGAGAAUACAAGUGUAUUCAUUGAAAGUGACUCUGUGCUUAUAUUACUCUUAAAUUGUAAUGCUUUUAAAUGCACUGAUACUUUUGCACUAUUUUUUAAAAUAACUUUGCAGAAUGUAUUUUAAAAUAUAUUAUAAAUAUACUGAUAUGUAGCUGACUUUAAAAUAAGUAGUGAGAUGAUGUUUUUUUUUUCUUCAGUGAUUCAAUUUAAAAAAGAAUAAAAUUUCUAAUUUUUCACCACAAA